GUUACCUAGUUUGGAAUUCCCCGGAAGUGAGGUGGCUACUUGGAGGAGCAAGCCAAAGAUAAACACGUAUCCGAGAGACUCAGGCGUCUUUGGGACUGGGGUAUAAAUGUUAGUAAACUAGACAGCGAAAUGCUUGAAGAAUGGGAACGUAAUUGGUCGUGAUAUAGUUGAGGGAGCCGACAUUUUGUAAUCCUAGUGAACGCCCCAAUCAAGGCGUUUGGAACAAGCUCAGCAAGUGCAUUCCGUGGCGAAAACGUCAUCGAAUCCAUAUUGCCCGCACAAUGGUGCGUGCAGCCCUGGUGACUGCCACCAGUCUGGCUCUGACUGGCGCAGUGAUUGCCCAUGCCUACUUGCUCAAACACCAGUUCUACCCCACUGUGGUCUACCUCACCAAGAGUAGCCCCAGUAUGGCAGUGUUGUACAUCCAGGCGUUUGUGUUGGUGUUCUUGUUGGGAAAGUUCAUGCGUAAAGUCUUCUUCGGACAGCUGAGAGCUGCAGAAAUGGAGCAUCUGAUAGAGCGAUCCUGGUAUGCCGUCACAGAGACGUGUCUGGCCUUUACCGUGUUCAGAGACGACUUCUCUCCCCGCUUCGUAGGCCUCUUCACCCUGCUGCUCUUCAUCAAAUGCUUCCACUGGCUGGCUGAGGACAGGGUGGACUUUAUGGAGAGAAGUCCUAAUAUAUCCUGGAUCUUCCACUUCAGGGUGCUCUCUCUGAUGGUGUUGCUGGGAGUCCUGGACUUCCUGUUUGUCAACCAUGCCUGUCACAGUAUCAUCACACGAGGGGCCUCUGUCCAGCUGGUCUUUGGAUUUGAGUAUGCCAUCCUGAUGACAAUGGUGCUCACCACCUUCAUCAAGUACACCCUCCACACUGUCGACCUCCAGAGUGACAACCCCUGGGAUAACAAAGCAGUCUACAUGCUCUACACCGAGCUCUUCACUGGUUUCAUCAAGGUCGUCCUGUACAUGGCGUUCAUGACCAUCAUGAUAAAGGUGCACACCUUCCCCCUAUUCGCCAUCCGGCCCAUGUACCUGGCGAUGAGGCAGUUCAAGAAAGCUGUUACGGAUGCUGUAAUGUCGCGGCGAGCCAUCCGCAACAUGAAUACACUUUACCCAGAUGCCACUCCUGAAGAUCUGCUGGCUUCAGACAACGUGUGUAUCAUCUGUCGUGAAGAAAUGGUGACUGGAGCCAAGAAACUUCCUUGCAACCAUAUCUUCCACGCAAGUUGCCUUCGUUCCUGGUUCCAGAGACAGCAGACGUGUCCUACAUGUCGUAUGGAUGUCCUCCGGGCCUCUAACCCCAACCAGCCUCCCGCCCCAGCGCCUGCCCAGCCUCCUGCCCCAGCAGCACCUGCCAACGCCCCUGUCCCUGGUCCACCUGGGAACGUUGGCCCUGGAAUGAUGCCCCACUUCCCCCCAGGGCUGUUUCCUUUCUGGGGCCCCUUCCCUGGAGCGGCCCCCCCUGCUGGUGCCCCAGGGGCCACAGAGGCAGUAGGGGCCACAGAGGCAGCUCAGACUCAGGGAGCUGGCACCACUGGGGCCAGUACAGUCGGUGCUGCUCCUGCUCCAGGAGGCCCUAUGCCUGGGUUCCCCUUCCCCUCUUUCCCUCCCCCACCGUUCCCCUCAGCUCCAUGGCUGACUAUGCCACCUCCACCGUUUGUGUCAUCCAUGCCCCCUCCUCCCCCGGCCCUGUCCACCAUGUCAGAGGCUGAGCUGAGGGAGCUGGAGCAGGAGGGCCGUAGAGGCCUGGAGGCCAGACUGCAGUGUCUCCACAACAUCCACACUCUACUGGACGCUGCCAUGCUCAACAUCGACCAAUACCUCACUACCGUCGCCACGCUCACUCCUCCUCAGUCAGAAACCAGCAGCGCUGCUGGCGAGGCCAGUGGAUCAUCUCCUCCCUCCACUAGUGCAGAAACCCAGGAGAAAGACUCUCAGAGCAGUACAGCCGCUGAACCUGAAGCUGUGAAUGGGGCCACAGGUUUCUCCCAGCCAGACUCUACCACGUUGGGCGACAGUGAAGACCAGAGGGAUGGAGAGGAAGUCGGGGAAGACGGAGAGCCCAACCCUUCAGAGCUGAGGCGCCGUCGUCUCCGCAAACUCGAGACCACACCCCCUCCACCUGACCACUAAAACAUGCCUACUGGUGCAUUCUGGGAACUUGACUUAUCAAUCAAUACAUUCGAUGACCAAUUAAUAAUUAUGGCUGUAUUUUAUUUCUCUCCUUUCCCCCCUCCUGGCUCUGUGUUUUGUGUUGUUUAAACUCAGACAGCCAAGAGAGAGGAGGAAGGAACAAGUUGUUGUUGUUGGAACACAU